CUGAACUAAAAAAUCGUUAUUAUCAUCACCAGUAUCACUGCUGUGGCCUAUAUAAUGCCAAUGACUACCGGUACAGACGUAUGUCAACGCCCGUAAGCUGUUAUCGCUACCAAAAUGCUACGCUUGAAUCGAAUUUAUUUACUCGCGGGUGUGUUGAAGCGCUGGAAACGACGUACCAUAAGACCAUGGAGCGAGAAAAUGUUUUCAAUUGGUCCCUACUGAUCACUCAAUGCGCUGUCUUUCUCUACUCGUGCGUUCUGAGCAUUUUGCUUUUCAGACGGCAUCGCGCAACAUAUCGCACAGGCAAUGCAGAGGAUGACUAUGAGGCUCAACAGCCUGGGCCGCACUUCAACCAUGUCAACUCGCGCUCCCAUUUGCUCUCCAAUUAAUGAAAGUGCUAAAAGAAGUACUAUUGCAAAAAUUCAUAUUUAAUUUUUAAUUUCGCAGUAUCUGAAAUUUUAUGUUUAAAAUUAGAAAUAGAAAUUUUAGGUAAGUAGUUGUAAACUACUAAUACUGUUUUAUGUACAUACACAUACAAUGUACAUAAAUACUUAUACAUAUAUUGUAAACUCAUAUCAUAGCUAAAAAGAAAUCAUAUGAAAACAUUUAACAUUCUUAAUUUUUAUACGCUAAUUUUUAAUAAAUUAUUUUUGAUAGAAAAAUAUCAAGAUUUAGAAGUGCUUAAAUCUGCAAGUUUUUAGGGGAUGUGAAGAUAAUAAAUGUCUACCUAAAAUUUCGCUUUUUACUACAACUCUUGGUACUCUCCAGUUCGAUAAUACGCUAAAGUGAGAGCGGAUGAAAA